GCGUACACACGCUGCUUCUGAUGAAGUCUGUGAGUCAGGCUGUUUCUGAGCUCCGAUAGUUUAAUGGAAAGAUUUAUAUACCGGCUGUAUUAUUUACUUUGGGAGGGGAGGUGGCAGUAUAAGGGUAUGCUAAUUAGUAGGAGAUUUUGGGGGGAAGGGGUGGAAUAUCAAUUUUUAUUGCAUCACCUGUCAGGAGUGUCCAAUCAGCGUUGGCUUUAGGGGAAUUAAUUGAUGAAGGUGUCUCCGGACGAGCUCACUUCACUCUGUCAUUUUAUUUGUAGCUAAAGCAGCGGCGGGAAUAGCAGCUGCAUUUCUUUUCUCUUUCUCCCUUCACAUUCCAUUAUCAUAGUGCUCCAAUGGAGAAGGAAGGAGUAGAGGGGCCCAGGUACUGAUCCGCAUCGAGGACUCAGACCAACACACUGGCAGAUCUGAAGCCGGAUGGUUUUUUCCCUCUUUUUUAAAAAAACGAAAACCAAAAAAAAAGCAAGAAUCAAGUCAGUGUAAUUUCAUGGGGUUUUUCUCCCCCCCAAUAAUUCGCCUAGAGUUUGGCACUCCCUUCGCCGGGAAUAACAGUCUUUGUUAUUUUAUUAGCAGGAUGCCUUGAGACACACGCAGCAUCUGGAGGAGGAUUAACAUACAUACAUGUGUAUGUAUGCGUCACGUAUAUAUUUACUGCAAAUGGUGGGGAUCAUUUAGUGCCCGAGAUGGGAGACCUGAAGUCAGGUUUCGAAGAGGUGGAUGGCGUGAGGCUCGGCUACCUCAUCAUUAAAGGAAAGCAAAUGUUUGCUCUCUCCCAAGUCUUCACAGAUCUGCUGAAAAACAUCCCGAGGACGACCGUGCACAAGCGCAUGGAUCAUCUGAAAGUGAAAAAGCACCACUGCGAUCUGGAAGAGUUGCGGAAACUCAAAGCAAUCAACAGUAUCGCCUUCCACGCGGCCAAAUGCACGCUCAUCUCCCGGGAAGACGUGGAAGCGCUCUAUACCUCCUGCAAAACCGAGCGUGUGCUCAAGACCAAGCGCCGGAGGGCCGGUCGGGCCCUGGCCACAAAGGCGCCGCCGCCAGAGCGCGCCGCCGCCGCCAGCCCCCGCCCGGCUUUUUGGAAGGACAAGCACCAACUUUGGCGGGGCCUGAGCGGAGCCGCGCGGCCCCUGCCAAUCAGCGCGCAGUCCCAGCGUCCGGGCGCCGCCGCCGCGCGCCCCGCCGCCCAUCUACCUCAGAUUUUUAGCAAAUACCAGGGCUCGCACUACCCGGAGAUCGUUCGCUCGCCUUGCAAACCCCCUUUAAACUAUGAAACUGCCCCGCUACAGGGAAACUACGUCGCCUUCCACUCGGAUCCCGCUUAUUUUCGGAGCCUGCUGUGCAGCAAGCACCCGGCGGCCGCCGCCGCCGCUGCAGCCGCCACAGCCGCCGCNGCUGCCGCCGCCGCCGCCGCCGCCUACUACCAGGCAUCGGCGGCCGGGCCCCAGCCCAAGGCGGCGGCUGGAGCCGGAGGCUCCGUGAGCCUGACCUACCGCUGCAAGCGCAAGCGCGGGGGCGCCAAGAACUGCCUGCUCGCACCUCAAGCCGGAGCCCGGAGACUGCUGCUGCUGCCCAGGUCCUACAAAGCCAAGGCGGCGGCGGCGGCUGCUGCAGCGGCGGCGGCAGCGGCGGCCGCCGGGGCCACUUGCUUGGAGAGGUUUCAUCUGGUCAACAGCUUCUGCCCGCCUCCCCACCACCACCACCACCACCACCAUCACCAUCAUCACCAUCAUCGGGCCCAGCAGCCAACGCCGAGUCACCACCCCCCUCACCACCACCGACCGCAGCCCCAUCUAGGAAGCUUUCCCGAGAGUUGUAGCAGCGACUCCGAGUCCAGCUCCUACUCCGACCAUGCAGCCAACGAUUCGGAUUUUGGCUCCAGUUUGUCUAGCUCCAGCAACUCGAUGUCCUCAGAGGAAGAGGAGGAGGAAGGAGAGGAGGAGGAGGAAGAGGAGGAGGAAGAGGGGGGCAGCGGGGCCUCGGAUUCCAGUGAAAUCAGCUCCGAGGAGGAGGACUCGUCCACCGAGUCAGACUCCAGCUCCGGCUCCAGCCAAGUGUCAGUUCAGAGCAUCCGUUUCAGACGCACCAGCUUCUGCAAGCCUCCCAGCGUGCAGGCGCAGGCCAACUUCUUGUACCAUCUGGCCUCCGCCGCAGCUGCAACCAAACCCGCUGCUUUCGAGGAUGCGGGCCGACUUCCCGACCUCAAGAGUGGUGUCAAAGCCGAGUCGCCGGAGGAGUGGAAUCUGCAGGGUUGGGCUCCCAAAGGGGCUCCGGUGUACUGCCCGGCCAGCAUGGGGAGUUGUUUCCCUGAGAUAAGAAACGAUAGGGUAUCUGAGAUUACAUUCCCACACUCUGAAAUUUCCAGUACUGUAAAGAGAACUGACCUGACAAUUAACUGCCUGGCAGAGGGGGCCUCUUCACCUAGCCCAAAGACAAACAAUGUAUUUCCACAACAAAGAAUACUCCGAGAGGCUAGGAAAUGCCUACAAGCAACUCCUACUACACACUGUUCAGAUAACAACACAAUAGCUGCUAGGUUCUUAAAUAAUGAUUCUUGUGGAACAGCAACAAAUUCAGGAAAAGAGUCCAAAAUCCCUCAUUGUCUUGAAUUUGCUAUGAAUUUGGUCUCUUCGCAAACUGAUCCCGAAGUGGAUGUAGCAGCAGCAACAGCAGCAGCAACUAAAGCUGAGAAUCUCUGCACUGACACGGGCGACAAGACAUUGCCAUUUCUGCACAAUAUUAAAAUCAAAGUAGAAGACAGUAGUGCUAAUGAAGACUAUGAACCUGAUCUCAUUACAAGCCAGCUGAAGUGCGAGUGCAAUGAUACAGAAGGGGAGCUUUACAGUGUGACUGGGAAGACAGAGGAGGACGCCUUCCUAACCACAGCCAAGGAAGCUUUUGCGUGCCCUGAGAAAGAAACCCCUUCCUUAAACCCACUGGCUCACAGUCAGGGCCUUUCAUGCACUUUAGGAUCUCCAAAACCUGAGGAUGGGGAAUAUAAAUUUGGUGCCAGGGUGAGAAAAAAUUACCGGACACUAGUACUGGGUAAACGACCAGUCCUUCAGACACCUCCAGUCAAACCAAAUUUGAAAUCCGCUAGAAGCCCUCGUCCUACAGGUAAAACUGAGACACAUGAAGGAACACUGGAUGACUUUACAGUUUUAAACAGACGCAAAAAGGUAGCCAGCAAUGUAGCAUCAGCAGUGAAAAGGCCAUUUAAUUUCAUGGCAAAUUUUCCUUGUCCACCAUCACUCAUUGUUGGGAAGGACGGGGAUUUGUGGCCAGCGUAUUCCUUAAGCACCACCAAGGAUUCGCAACCUCCUCACAAGGCCCAUCCUGUCUGGAAAUGGCAGCUGGGCGGUUCUGCAGUACCUCUUCCACCUAGUCACAAAUUCAGGAAAUUUCAUUCAUAAAAUGUUUGGGAAGAUAUUUUCUUGAACCAUAUUACCUUCCUUUUGUUGUAAACUGCACAGGAUGGCUUGUACAAGUCCAUUAAUGGUGUUACACCCCCUUUGGAGUCCUGGUUUAUCGCAUUUUGAAGACAGAAAUCGGAUUACUUUUUUUUCCCAU